AUGCAUAAAGCGAUAGCUUAUAUGGAAGAGCGAAUGCAGGUAUACCAGAACACCCUCAUGGCUCAUGAUCUCGUCGUUAGCGAUGAAAAUAGCAGUGAUUGGCGGAAAGGAUUUGUAGAUCCUAGAUACAAUGUUAUGAUGUCCAAACGUGUUCAAACAUCGUUGACAGCGGAGGCGUUGUCAAGACACGAGGACGAGUUCGCUUCAACAAAAAGAAAACUUACGGAGCUACACUCCGAAGUCGCGUCAAAUCGCUCAGAUCUUACUGAACGUUUUGCUGAAAUUGAACGCAUCCUUCUUACCAAGACACAAUUAGUGGAUACUCUGUCCAAACAGCUUGAGGAUACACGUCGGGAUCAGCGUCAAGAAAUCGAUUCGCAUCAGGAGGAAAGAGAAUCUUACAAGAAGUAUGCAUUGAAGAGAAGAGCGAUUUUGAAAUCCGGUUCGCUACCCAGCGCGAACAAUUGGAAGAUGCUUUGGAAGGCGCACUAUCGGAGGCGUUGUCGAAGUAUAAAGAACAGUCUGAAUAUUGGACGGGCGGAGAUUUCGCACCAUUUGAAGGAGAAAGAAGAUAUGAAGAUGAAAUCAAAACUCGAACGUGCUGAUUUGGAGCGUCGUUUGACAAGUAGUAUCGAUCAUGUCGCGAUGCUGAAUAGUCAGAUAAAUAAGAGCCGUCGAGACGUGGAGUGUGAAGCAAGGCCACGGCACGUCAGCAAGUAUGUGGCGUGUAGGCCAAAUUCAAGGAGCAAGUCCACGACAAUAGCCAAGGGCGAUUUGUUUGAUGAAAGCGAAGAACGCUUAAAAUUGUGCCAGGGUGAACUGGCGACAACUCGGCGGCAAGUUCAUGUUCUGCAACAAAAGUUGAUUAGCACCAUGCAGGAGAAGGCUGACAAACGUGUUCAAGUUCGUCGCCGCAUCGCAUGUGUUGUCGAUCGCGAUCCUGAACCGCAGCAGAAAGCGGAUCAUGAAAAAUUGGAAGCACUUGAAACGAGGAACGCUGAGCUUCGAGAACAGGAAAUGAAUCGAUAUGAAUCGGAGAAAACAUGGUUGAAAUCACGUAUACGUAACCUUGAAACGGACAACGAAGAACUUCAACGAACAAUUGAUGCGCAAGCCGAAGGCACCAGCACCUCUGCGAAAACCGUUUCAAUG